UCAUUUAUGUAUUACUUCCCUUCAUAUGGGGUUGUGGAAAACAGGUUACCCAUCACUGAGUAGAAUUUCCUCACGAAAUCUCCGAAGAAGAACGUAUGUUAUUUUGAACCGUGAUUAUUAUUUUGGAAACCACAAUGUCAGCACCACCUAAGCAAAGGAAGAUUGCAUUUAUGGGUUUCAGAUCAGUUGGAAAAUCUUCCUUGAUCAUACAAUUUGUAGAAAACCAUUUUGUGGAUAACUAUGAGCCAACAAUAGAGAACACAUUCCACAAGUCCCUUAAACUUGGAGGGCAGGAAUACCACCUUCAGGUAGUUGACACUGCAGGACAGGAUGAGUAUUCAAUCAUACCACAGUCAUAUUUUAUGAACAUCAAUGGAUAUGUCUUAGUAUACUCUGUCAACUCGGAGAAAAGCUUCAGUGUGGCAAAGUUUGUAUACCAGAGGCUAUUAGACAUGAAAGGGCAAAUGGAUGUACCUGUUGUUUUGGUUGCAAACAAGACAGAUCUCCGCAUGGAGAGAGUUGUGUCUUAUGAGGAUGGCAAAAAGUUGGCCGACUCCUGGAAAGCUCCAUUCAUUGAGGCCUCAGCCAAAGAAAAUUCUUCAGUCAGGGAGAUAUUUGAGAAGGUUGUGCAAUGCAUAUCUCAGCAAGAAAAUGGCGGGACACAAACCAAAACCAGCUGCAGUUUGUCUUGAGCACAGAAUUUUUCUGUUAUUACUCUACAACCCACAAGUUUUUGUUGAAUAAAAAUGUCGGACAAAGGCCCACAGGACCCACCCACUCCUCUGCUUGUCCACAUAUCUGUGCAGAGCCAUGUAAUGUUUCUGUUGACCUUUCAAGGAGACCUUAUGAUGUGCACUGUUAUUACUAGCUCAGACUUUUCCCCCUUACGUGAUGUUUUCCAUUCAUUUGGGCAAAUCAUCAUUAUGUUUGUUUUACGUCUCAUACAUGCUUCUCGAAAUGUUGAGCUACAGAAUGUAACAAUUUAGAAAGUAUAAUGUAUCAUUGCCAAACAUUGUGCUUUAAAUUUUAUUGAUUUUUUUUUUUAAUUAAGUGUAUCGUUAUUUUUGGCAUAUGUGUUUGCUAGAAUUAGAGGUUUGAGAGUGUGAUAAUAAACACAGCUCUAAUGAUGGUGAUCAUUACACAGUGAAAGAUUAAUCUACAGAGGCUGAAGGACUUGUUGUAGAUUGGGAUUUAAUUAAAACAAAGGUUAAAAUAUAUCAGUAGAAUUUUAAUAAGAGUUACUUGAAUUUUGUGUAAGAAUGGGUGAAAGAAUUUUUGUUGUCAUCAGUGGAAAGGUUCUACAGGUAGAUUGUUGUAUAAUUCUCAAAAAGGAAAACAUGAAUGAGCAUGGGGUAAGUAGCAAAAAAUUCUGUUUUGUUGUUAUAAUGCCAUAUCUUGAAACUAAACGAUUUCACAACAUGGAACAGCACCCAAAAGAGCUAUCUGGCGAUAGGUUUCUGAAAAUCAAUGUGUAGAGUAGCAAAAUUACUGGGGCAACUGAUCUUCACAGACAUUGUGUUCCUUUAAAUUGUCUUAAGAAUGGUUCUCGUGCUUGAUGAUGACCUAGGAUAUUUUUUAAUGUUUGAGUUCACCUCUUGAAAAAGUUCAAUAUUUGGUCUCAGUGUUAACAAUAGCAGUAUAAUAAUAAAGGUAAGGCUGGACAACCAGGACAAGCUGUCAGAUAAAGUGGCUUCAGGAAGUUGGAGGUUUAUCAAGUCUAAGGGAAUGUUCAUAAAGAGAGUUCCCAGAUCUUACUGCUAUGAAAUGAUAUUUUCAGCGAUUCUAGCAGCUGCUCCCUUUGUCGUAUAAUUAAGCGUCAAGCAAUAUUUUAAUCAUUUUUAUAAAUGACAUCAGUCCAUUGAAAAAUUAUUUUUGACAUUUUAAUCACAGAUGCAGUCUUGGUGAGAAUUUUUGUAUGCUGCUUUCUUGACAGUUAUCAUUCUUGAUUUUUGAGCAGUUUGAAGAGAACAGUUGUGUUACAGUGUCUGAUGAUAGCGACAAUGCUACAACAGAAGGUACUACCUGCAGGAACAAGAUCCUUGCUAGCUAACUGUUGUCUGACCACCGAUAUACUUAACUGAUUAGACAAAGAAAGGGUAUGCCAUUAAAAAAUGAUGGAUUUAUGAGAAAGUGGACUAGCAACCAUCUGAGGGAAACAUGUUUAUGCAUAUUUUGGUUUUUAUAAAAUAAUUAUUCCUGUUUUUUAACAUUUGUAAAAUCCUUUUUGUUUGGUUUUCUUUUAUACUGCUCUGUUUUACUGUGGUUUGAAUUCCCUUUACGUUCAUACAUCUUUUCACAAAAUCACCAUUUUAUUUCUGUGUAUACCUUAGCAAUCAGUUUGUUGCUAAAAUUUACUUUCUGUGAUUACUUUAUUUGCUCGUAGAAUAAUGACUAUUAAAUCAUCUCAAACAAAGUUUGUAAGUGACCUGAAGUUAUCCACAAUUUUAGAAGAACCUGAUUUAAAAUUGUUAUAUUUGAAUUAAAAAUUACUAUAUUUUUUCCCAUUCCCUCACUUAGUUCUGGGUAUUACAUGAGCAUAAUACAUCUCUUUCAAGUUACAGUCAAAAUGAUUGUGGUGGUCUAGUUAAUUUAGACAGUUAAUGAGACAUCAUUUCUUCAUAUCUGUGUCUUAUCAUUUCAUUUUCUUUAGUUUGCUGCUCUCUUUGUUCAAAUCUCCAUUGGGAAAUUGCAAAAUGGCCAAGAGGCACUUUCAUUAAGCCUUAACUGCUGCAAUAUUUUUGUGUUUAAAUAAUUUGUUUCUGUACAUAUUUAUUUUUAAAUUCUUUGUGAUUCAGCUAUGAAUUCAGUCUCAUUUACAAUUGUUUUCAUGUAAAAGAUGAUGCAAAAAUGUGUACAUCUUCUGUUUGAAGGUGAUGAAUCUUUACACAGAACACUUAAGCUCUUUAGAAGUACAAAGAGCAUAAAAUAACAUGUAAUGUGUCCUGAUGGCAAUAUAUAAUAUUUGUUUUGGACCAGGAGAUGUAUGUCACAAUGUAGCAGGGAGACAACCCAUUAUGGACCACCUGUAAGUGGGUGCAGUGGAAAAAGGCACUAAAAAAAUAAAAAGUCAGAGACAUGAGACCAGAGAGAGUAUGUGUGUAUGUGUGAGAGAAAGAGAGAGCAAGCCAAUCAAAGUCUUUAUUUUUGUCCCAAGCUCUGAGAAAUUACCGAUAGAUGAAUAAUAGAUUAUUCUGAAAUUCUAAGAAAUAACAGCCCACAAGUAAGGAUUGAUUCUGUUUGUCAACUUUUGUGUUUGAUGCAUCUCUUGAACUAUGGAUCUGAAGGACAAACUUUGAGAGCAAAUUUUGAUCAUUUUGUUUUGGGAGGUGGGUGUGCCGAUCAAAGAAAGCAUGAUUACAACUAAGAUGGGUUCAAGGGUGCCUGUGAGCAGUUUUUUUAAAAAAUAUUUCAUGAUCUGGUUACUGGAAGUGUGAUUGAGGUGCAUUUAAGCCAUUAUUAUGCGAACUUGUUAAUCACAAGUGUUUAGCAAUGCAGGUCCGUGUAAGGGAAGGUUAAAAGGAAAUAGUUCUCAGAGCUGUCAUCUGCACUCAUAGUAGUUCUCUGGAUAUGAAAAUACAUUUGUGGUGUCUGAUGUUUUAAAAAAAAAUUCUUUCCAUUUUGCUGUCAUCUUAAAUCAGUAUAAUCCCAUCUUGGUUUUCUCCUGAUGUAGACCAAGAUGAAAAUGUUGAGGGUUUUUAUUUCUUUGUCUCCUCGCCUCAUCAUUAUGAGACUCAGGUGAUGGCUUCCUACUUGUGUUGCUUUUGUUCCUUAUAUCUCCAGUUAAAAUAUUUUUUCCACAGCAA